AUGACUAUUUCCGAGGAAUUAAAUGGUAAAAAUGUAUGCGAAGAAGAGUUUAGCUUCAAUAAUUUACAUUGUACGGCAUUAUGUUGUGCUAAAAUAGAUUCAUUAUCUUUAGAAGAUAUACAAAAAAAAUUAUUAGGAAAAGUUUGUGCUGGUAUUGAAAAUGUAGGAUUGAAUGAUAAUACAAGAAAUUGUCUUAUUGCAACUACUAUAUUUAUUGUUAAUUCAAAUGGAAAGUUAUCAGAACCAUUAACAAAAUUUUUAUUAGAAUGUUUAGAAAAAAUUUGGGAAGUGGAAUGGAAUGAGGAGGAAAAGUAUAAUGGUGGAUUAAUUGAAAAAAUGACAAUUUAUGAACGUUUUACUUUUACUUUUAAUACAGCAUUAUCUGAUAUAGCAGUUCGAUUACCUUCACUUAAAGAUAUGAUUAUAAGUAGUCAAAUAAAAUUAAUGAAUGAUUUAAUAAGUAUGAUAACAAAUUCAUGUGAUGAAUCAAAAAUUUGUGAUGAAUUAGGAAAGGUUAAUUUAAUGAAAUUAAUAUGUAUUCUUCUUGGUAUUGUUAGAAGUUGUGGAAGAUUUUGUAAUAAAGAUAGUCUCCCUUUUAUAUCUAUUUUACAUCCAUCAAUUUUUAAAAAUAGUAUUAAAGAAAAUGAAAUAGAAAAAAUAAAAUUAAGUACAGAUUCUUCUAAUUGGUUUGGAAUAAAUGUAAAUGAUAAAAAUAAUGAUAUUCCUGUUGAUAAAAAAAUUUUUCAAAGACCAGGAAGUUCAUUUAUUAUAGUUGAUGAUGGUUCUAAAGGUUUUGAAACAAAUUUAACAUUACAAAAUAUGGAAAUGAUAAUGGAAGGAAUGGAAAGACUCUUAAAAGAAAAUAUUUUAGAAAAAUUAGAUAUAAUUGCUGGUGAAGUUUAUAAAUGUAAUGAUUUUAAAAAGUUUCAUUAUAAGUCUGUAUCUGAAAUGUUAACACUUGCUUGUACAGUUAUAAUACAGGAAUACUUAAAAAGAUGUACAAAAAAUUCUUUAGAAAAUUCUUCAGUACCUGUUUCUUUUAUUAAAUAUUUAAAUACAUAUGCUUUGAAUAUGUUUGAACGUGGUGAAAAAAUACUUAAAAAAUUGAAAGAAGAAGAAAAUGAUGGUGUUCAAUGGAGUAAUAAAAUUAAACAAAUUAUAAUAGCAAAUUCCAUUUGUUUAAAUAUUAUUGCUGAAAGUGCUAUAGAUGAGAGUGAUGGAGAUAUUAUUAUAGAAACUAUUUCUGAUCAUAUGUUUCAUCCACAUAGAAAUGUUACUGCAUAUAUUCCUAUUGUUGUAUCGGCUUUACGAGGCCUCGGUAUUUUGUCUGAAACAUUUCCAACAAUUUCCAAUAUUUCAAUUGUUCCUUUAUUACAAAAAUUUCUUCUUGAACCAUGUUUAUUGUUAAAACAAAUUAUUGUAGAUAUUUACGGUUUAGGUAAAUCUGUAGACAGUAGAGAUUUUGAUGAAUUUAGUCAUCAUAAGUAUCAAGGAUUAGUAUGUUUAAGAAACUCUGCCAUUGAUGCAUUAUGUUGUGCUGUUAAAAGUGCUAAAAAAGUUGAAGAAAAUAGUGAAAAAUCAUGUAUGGCUUCAUUAUCUGUUAAAUUAUAUUUAAGUGCUAAUAUAACUAAAAAUGCAACAAAUUAUUUUGUUGCUGAAACAGCUAUUUUAAUAUUAGGAAAAUUAGGUAUUUUUUUUAAAGAUAUUCCAAGUGUUCCUGAAAGUGUUCUUCAAAUUUUUCUUCAACGAUUUGCUAAUCCAAAAGGAAAAUUAGAUAUUGUUAUAGUUAAUUGUUUAGCAGAUAUGUGGUUAAAUGGAGCGACAACUAUUUUUGAACAAAUUAUGAAACUUUUUACUCAAGUUAUUGUUGAAAGUAGUAAUCAUGUUUAUUCUUCAGAUGGUAAUGAAAAAAGUGAGAAUAAGUAUUCACAUGUUUCUUUGGAAGUAGAUAAAAUUUUAUCUAAAAUUGCUGAUUCAGUAACAAUAGAUGAAAGUAUAAAAGAAAUUUUGUUAACAAGAUAUCUUGAAUUAUUUGUUCAAUUAGCUAUUGAAAGUAAGAAAUCCGGAGAAAAAGUUUCAAAAGGAACAAUGAAAAUUACAACAAGUGCUGGAAAUUUAGGUGUUCUUAUUCCUAAAAUUGCAAGCAUAUUAAGAAAAUUUCCAAAAUUUAUUCAAACACCUAAUCAAAAGUUAAUAAAUAUGUUUAGAGAAUUUUGGAGUUAUUGUACCGUUCUUGGAUUUGAUGUUAGUGCAGCUAAUCUUUGGCCUGAAGAUUGGCAUCAAGCUGUUUGUGAAAUUUCUACAAAAAGUCCAAUAUUUAUUGCUAGUGAAAAUUUAAAAACUGAAUUAAUUGAUAAUGUUGGUAUAAGUACAGUUAUGAUAUCUGCUACAGAACUUCAAGAACUUCGAUUAACACUUUGUAAUGAACUUCGCCAAAAUCCUGAUGCUGUUUCAAUAAUAAAUAGAUUAGAUUUUACUUAUUGUAUUUAUCUUUUAUCAGUUAUUAGAAUGGAAAAAAUGAGAGUUGUCUACAGUAAUGAUGUAGAAGCUGUUCAUCUUUUUUUAAAAUAUGUAGAAAAUCCAGCUAUAAAAAAAGACAAAAAUGGUAUGUGGACCUGUAUAAUGGCUGCAUCACAUAUUAUAUUUGAGGAAUAUAUAAAUAUAGCUAAAAUAAAACAAGAUUCAAAUUCAUUAGAGCUUAAAAAACAAUUAGUACAUCAUGCUAGAUUUUUUCUUGUCCAAUUUAAUCAUCAUAUGAAAGAAGUUAGAAGAAUUGCUGAUGCAUGUUUAUCUAAAUUAGUUGAUGCUUUUCCUUAUCUUUUAUGGAAUGGUGAUAUUUUAUUUACAGGACUUCAAUUACUUCAAUCUUUAUCUACAAAUCUUGAAAAUGACAAUGAAUGUAAACAAAUAUUUUUAGCAGUUGAAGAUUUACCUUGGAAAAUUCAAUUACAAUCAACAUUAGAAGAAAGAAAAGAAAUAGCUAAAGAUUUUACAGGUCGUUGUGAACAAAUUCUUAGUGAAGCAAUGCGUUGGGCUCCUGGAAGUACACAUUCAUAUAUUUUAGAUUAUAUUUGUAAAACAAAUUCAACAAAUGAUAAUAGUUUACAAAUUACUAUUGAAGCAGUACUUAAAAAUUGUAAAAAUAAUUCUUCAGACAUCUAUCAUUCUUCUCCAUACUCUCCUGAUAUCUCAGAAUUCUUUUUAUCUCUUAAUAUGAGAAGUUUAUAUUUAGGUCAAGUUAAUGGAAUGCUUGAAAUGUUAAAACUUUCAUCUGUAAAUAUAGAUGAAGAAUUUUUGUCUAAAAAAUUAGUUUUAAAAUUAGAAAAUGAUUUUGAUAAAGCUUGCCUUUCUCAAAAUAAAGAAGGAAUCAAAACAUCAAUUAUGUUAAUGACAGCCUUAUUUAUUUCAUUAAAUGAAAUAAAUAUUUCUUUACUUCAAACACUUGUUCGUGCUCCAAUUAAAAGUUUUACUGAAUCUACAAUGAAAAUAUGUGUUCAUUCUUGGAAUUGGAUUCUUGUAGCAAAAAAAGGAAUUGAAAUAAAAUUUCUUCAAGAAAUGUCUUCUUGUUGGCAAAUGAUAAUACAUAAAAAAAUUGGACUUUUUCAGAGAGAGGAUCAUUUUAAAGAUCCAUUAACUGUUCAAUAUGCUAAAAAACGUCAAAGUCCAGAUGUCUCUCCACAUGCAAUAUGGAUUUCAUUUAUUGCUGAACGUGUCUCUCUUGCCAAAUACUCUAAUCAAGCAGAGAUGGAUUUAUUUGAAAUGAUGUUUAUGCAAUCAUUUUCUUUAGCUAUUGGAGAUAAAAUAACUAAAAAUUCUUAUUCAUAUGAUGGAAGUAAUGGUAAUUGUGAUAGUGGAUCUUAUCUUACAAAUCAUAUUCCAUUAAUGACAAGAAAUAUUGAAACAAUUGGAGUAAGAUUUAAUAUUUUAAAUGCUGUUUUAUCAAUGAUUCAAGGAGAUACAUCUCCUAAUAGAAUUUCAAAAAAUGUUCUUAGACAAAGAAUAUAUGCUGCUGCUUUUGACUAUUUUUCUGUUGGUCCUCAGGUACCAACACAAUCAAUUGGACAAUUAAAAAAUGAUCUUAAACAACUUAUUGUAUUUUGGCAGGCAAUAUAUAGUGAUUUAAAAUAUAUAAAAAAAGAAGCAACAUUUUUGAAUAAUUUUGAUAAUGUUAGUGAUUUUGGAGGAAGUAUUAAAAAUGGUAAUACAAUUAAUCCAUCUGUUUUAAAUCCAGUUAGUUCAGGUGUAUCACAAAAUUUUACUUGGCAUAAUUUGACAAAUAAUAAUUCAUCAUGGGCUAAUACAAUUACAAUUGUAGCAGCACAUAAUAAAACAAUAGCAAGAGGAAGUGUUUUGACAGAUUCUCAACAUCAACAACAGCAACAACAACAACAACGUAGAGAUCGAACAACUAAUAAAAUUAAUGAAUAUGAUAAAGCUAUAAAAGAGUCUUCAAGAAGAAGACAUUUAUUACUUUUACUUUUAUGUAAUGAAAUUGAAAGAUUAUCUGUUUGGAUUCAAUCAAGUCAAGCUUCUAUUGAUCUUAUACCAACAGAACAAAGUGAACAAUCAAUUGAUAUUUGGUAUAAAACAACAUUUCCAGAUGCUAGAACUGAACAAAAAACAAUGAGAGAUGUUACAAAAAAUGCAUGGGAAAUAUCUCCACAAAUGGCAAUAUUUUUACCAUCUAGAUUUAGAAAAAUUCAAUGUAUACGUAGUACAUUAGAAGAAUUAACAAAAGAAAAUCCAUCAUAUGUAUCUCAUUUACCAGAAGCAUUACCAUUACUUCUUGGUGAUGGAAGUGUUUUUGAAAAUGGUGGAAAUGAUAAUAUAUUAUCUCAUGUUCUUACAUGGGCAAAAUGUUCUCCUGUAAUGGCAUUAUCACUUUUAAAUUCACGUCUUUAUCCAACUCAUUCAAUUACUGUUCAAUAUGCUAUACGUGUUUUAAAAGGAUAUCCACCAAAUGUUUUACUUUUAUAUAUUCCACAAAUUGUUCAAGCAAUUCGCCAUGACACAAUGGGAUAUGUUCAUGAUUUUAUAAUUUGGUUAGCAGGACAUUCACAAUUAUUAGCACAUCAAUUAUUAUGGAAUAUGCAAGCUAAUAUCUACUUAGAUGAAGAGGGUGAAUUAAAAGAUUCAGUUUUAUAUGAACCACUUACUGAAAUUACCAAUAAAAUUUUAUCUAAUCUUGAGGGUGCUGCAAGAAGUUUUCAUACAGCUGAAUUUAGUUUAUUUAAUAAAAUAACUAGAAUAUCAGGUAUUAUAAAAAGUUUUCCAAAAGGUCCUGAAAGAAAAAAAGCUUGUUUAGCAGAGUUAGCAAAAGUAAAACUUGAUACAAUUUCUUAUUUACCAUCUAAUCCAGAAUCAUUUUUACUUGAAAUUGACUAUGCUUCUGGUACACCAAUGCAAUCUGCAGCAAAAGCACCAUUUCUUGCAAGAUUUUCAGUAUGUCAAUGUGGUGUUGAUAAACUUGAAUCAAUAUGUUUAGAAAGAAAUCGUUUAAAUCCUUAUGAUGAAAAUUGUGAUCAUGAAGAGGAGGAAAGACGUAUAAGAACAUUUAAUGCUUUUAAAAAAACUAUUAUACAAGAUUAUGAACAUUCAAUUCAAUGGAAAUGUGCUAUAUUUAAAGUUGGAGAUGAUGUUAGACAAGAUAUGUUAGCUCUUCAAUUAAUGCAAUUAAUGAAAAAUAUUUUUGAUGUAAAUAAUAUAAAUGUAUGUUUAUUUCCAUAUAGAGUUGUUGCUACAGCUCCAGGAUGUGGUGUUAUUGAAUGUGUACCAAAUUCAAAAUCAAGAGAUCAAUUAGGAAGACAAACAGAUUAUGGAUUAUAUGAUUAUUUUAGACAAUUAUAUGGAGAAGAAACUGGUGAAGCAUUUCAAAAAGCCAGAAGAAAUUUUAUUAGAUCAAUGGCUGCAUAUAGUGUUUUUUCUUUUCUUCUUCAAAUAAAAGAUCGACAUAAUGGUAAUAUAAUGAUAGAUGAUUCUGGUAAUAUUAUACAUAUUGAUUUUGGAUUUAUGUUUGAAUCAAGUCCAGGUGGAAAUCUUGGUUUUGAACCAGACUUUAAAUUAUCUCAAGAAAUGGUAGCAAUAAUGGGUGGUAAAAUGGAAGCAGCACCAUUUAAACAAUUUGUACAGUAUUGUAUUCAAUCAUACUUAGCAAUAAGACCAUAUUAUGAAUCAUUUAUAGCUUUAGUUUCAUUAAUGCUAGAUACAGGUUUACCAUGUUUCCGAGGUAAAACAAUUCAACAAUUUAGAGCUCGAUUUUCUCCAGAUACUAAUGAAAGAGAAGCUGCAAGAUACAUGAUGACUGUUAUCAAUAAUUGUUAUAUGAAUGUAAGAAGUAAAAUGUAUGAUCAACUUCAGUAUUUACAAAAUGAUAUACCAUACUAA